AUGGCUACACCCAGUGUCCUCGCUUUUGACGCUGAGGGUCGAGCCAUUGACUUUGAGGUCUGGCUCGACGACCUGCAGCUGUUUUUACAGUGCGACAGGGCCGACAGUCUGUCUCUCUUUGACCUCACCUCUUGCGCCGUCCCUGCCCCUACUGCUGAUGCUGACGCCACUGUUCGCUCUCAAUGGGCCACGCGCGAUGCUGCUGCACGUUUUGCUGUGCGUUGCCACCUGCCUACCGCUGAGCGCGCGCACUUUAGCCAGUACAAGAGUGCUCAGACCUUGUACGACGCUGUAGUUGCGCGCUACUCCUCCCCUGCCACUGCUGCACUGAGCCGCCUCAUGCUCCCCUUCCUCUUCCCUGACCUUGCCGCCUUUCCCACUGUCGCUGAUCUCAUCACGCACCUCCGCACUAGUGACACUCGCUACCGCGCUGCGCUUCCUUCUGACUUCUGCGCCAAGAACCCCCCCCCCAUGUACAUCACUCUCUACUUCCUAGUCACUCGCCUCCCUGACUCCCUUCGUGUAGUCCGGGACCACUUCCUCGCGGGGUGUUCUCCUUCCCCUCUCCUGCCCUCUGUCGCCUCUGCCGCUGCGGCCGACCGCGUUGGUCUUGAGUCGGUCGGUGCGGCGUCUGCCCCUAGCGGGAGACGCCGCUCUAGCAAGGGCAAGGGGGGCAAGGGAGCGGGUGGGGCCAGUGGGGGCGGUGGCGGUGGAGGUGGAGGCGGCGGAGGGAGUGGGGGUGGCGGUGGAGGUGGUAGCGGGGGUGGGGGUGCUAGUGGCGGCGGUGGAGGCGGGAGUGGCGGCGGCGGUGGCGGUGGUAGCGGAGGUGGCGGAGGUGGCGGCGGUGGAGGUGGAGGCGGGGGCGGUGGAGGCGGAGGCGGGGGUGGCGGAGGUGGAGGUGGUCGGACUGGAGCUUCGCAGCGGAGCGGCACUGGUGGCGGUCAGCGCCAGCAGCAGCAGCAGCAGCAACAGCGUUCUCGCGACGUCCCCACCCCUCAGCAGCUCCGUGAGUGGUACACGCAGCGUCAGCGCGCGCUGCUUUGCCCACUGACGGACGCUUGGCGUCAGCAGUUCCCGGAGGCCGCGGAGAUCCCCCGCUGGGGAGAGCUGUCUAGGGCUGGUGUAGCUAUCUUUGAUCUUGAUUUUGAUGCUGUCCUUGCUGCCAUGUAUGCUCUGACCAUUAGUGAUGAGGGUGACUGUUACCGGUGUUUCCCGCCCGACCCGGGCAUUGGUACUGCUGCUCCAGGUGCCAGUGAGGCUUCUGCUCUAGGUGCCAGUGCGUCUGUGCUCUCAGGUGCUCGUGAGACUGCUCUCUCAGGUACGAGUGCGUGUGCGCUCUCAGGUACUGCGUCGGCUUCGGCCUCCCACACCUUCACUCUUGACUCUGGAGCGUCUUGCUCUUUCUUUCGGGACCGCACCACACUUACGCCGCUUAGUCGGCCGGUUGCGGUUUCCCUGGCUGACCCCUCUGGGGGUCCUGUCCUGUCUCGCUUCUCCACAGUCCUCCCGUGUCCGGCGGCUCGCUCUGGCACCCUGUCUGGUCUCUACCUCCCCUCGUUCUCUACGAACUUGGUGAGUGGUGCUGACCUACAGGAUGCGGGAGUCCACCAGUUCACCCCUGCUCGUCAGCGAGUGACGUACUGCACAGAGGCUAGCACGGGUCGUCACCUGGCUACGUUCACACGUCAGCCAGGGUCGAGCCUGUACACACUGACCACUGCUUCUCCUCCAGGUGCUGAGUCUGGUAGAGUCCCUUCGUCUGGUCAGGUGUUUGCUGCAGCGUCCAGGUCUGGUCCUGAGUCUGCCCCCUGUUCGUGUUGCCGUCAGUCUCACGAGACCCUCCUCUGGCACCACCGCCUUGGCCACCCCUCUCUGCUUCGGCUCAGAGGCAUGGCCUCCCGUCUUCUUGUGUCUGGUCUCCCCCGGUCUCUACCUCCCCUUCCUCAGGGCCCUGGCCCCUGUGUCGAGGGGCGCCAGCGUGCUGCCCCUCACUCCUCCCAGUUUCCUCCGACAGAGGCUCCGUUGCAGACGCUUCACAUGGACGUGUGGGGCCCUGCCCGCGUCCGUGGACUCGGUCACGAGCGCUACUUCCUGUUGGUGGUUGACGACUACUCGCGUUACACCACAGUCUUCCCCUUGCGCAGCAAGGGUGAUGUCACUGAGGUGCUGAUCGACUGGAUCCGCGCAGCUCGUCUCCAGCUCAGGCAGAGCUUUGGCUCGGACUUUCCUGUGUUGCGUCUGCACUCGGACAGAGGCAGAGAGUUCUCCUCUGGCCUUCUGCGUGCCUACUGUCGUGCGCGAGGCAUCCGCCAGACCUUCACGCUUCCGGACUCCCCGCAGCAAAAUGGGAUUGCAGAGCGCCGCAUUGGCAUGGUCAUGGACGUCGCUCGUACGUCCAUGAUGCAUGCGGCUGCCCCCCAUUUUCUGUGGCCGUUUGCGGUCAGGUACGCAGCACAUGAGAUCAACCUCCACCCUAGGGUCUCCAGGCCGGAGACCUCCCCAGCCGUGCUGUGGACGGGGAAGGUUGGCGAUGCGUCGGCGUUCCGGGUCUGGGGAUCUCGGGCGUUUGUCCGCGACUUGUCUGCGGACAAGCUGUCCCCUCGCGCUGCUCCAUGCGUCUUCCUGGGGUUCCCCCCCGACGCCCCUGGGUGGCAGUUCUACCACCCCACCUCUCGACGUGUUCUGUCCUCCCAGUACGUCACGUUCGAUGAGUCGGUACCCUACUACCGCCUCUUCCCCUACCGCACUCCGUCCCUCCCCCCGCCCCCGCUCUUCUUGGUACCAGUUCCCCCCCCGGUAGACCCCCUCCCCCCUCAGGGUCCUGCCCCUUCAGGUGUGUCCCAGGUAGACGCGGUCGAGCCUGUCGAGGUCACUGGUGACUCUGGUGCUGCUGCGCGAGCUGAGCCUAGGAGUUCGGAGCCUCGAGGUGCUACACUUGGGGGUGCUAAGCCUGGGGGUGCGGAGUCUGGAGGUGCUGAGCCUGGGGGUACUGAGUCUGGGGGUGCUGAGCCUGGGGGUGCUCGGCCUGGGGGUGCUGAGCCUGGGGGUGCUGGGCCUGAGGGUGCUGAGCCUGGGGGUGCUGAGACUGGGGGUGCUACGCCUGGAGGUGCUUUGUGUCGUCGAGAGCCACUCCCCCCACAGGAGCUGCGUGAGUGGUUUGCCCGGCGCUGGAGGCGUGCUGCUGGUGCUGGAGGUUCUUCGGCUGCAGAGGGUACUGCUGCCGAGCAUCCCGGAGGUGCUCGUACUGUGUGUGCUGGAGCUGCUGGGUCUGAGGGUUCUCCUGGAGCUAGUGCUGCUGAGGGUGUUUGCGCUGAGACUACCGCUGACGGUCCGACUGGCAGUGCUCCUGGUGGUGCUGCUGGAGAAUCUGGAGCUACUGGAGGUGCUACUGGAGGUGCUGCUGGAGCGGGUACUCCUGCUGGGGGUACUGGUGCUGUCCCUGCUGUUCCUGGCGUCGCCGCGCGGCCCCGACCAGGGUCCACAGCCUGUCUCGUCACAGUCACAGCUACAGCCUUCCUCCCCUUUGCGUGCUCCUUCUCACUACGCUGGUCCGACUGGAGGUCUUACCGAGCGUCGUGA